UGAUCAGGGUGUGCUGGCAUCAUCUCUGCCACCAGCUGUCCUCCUGAUGGUGGGGGGCCAAACCCUGCCCUCCUUUUGGCUGGUGGUUGCUAUGGGAAACCCGUGGGUUUCCCCUGGUGAUGGGCUGAGCCCCUCUUCAUCUCCUGGGAAAUGGUUGCUGUAGCAACGCAUCCCCCUGCUGGAUGGAUGCAUGAGGAGGGGAUGCAUGGGGAGGGGACACCUGCUGACACCCCCAUGCCACCCCCAGACCCUGGCUGGGCGUCGAUCAACCGCGGGGUGCUCAUCUGCGACGAGUGCUGCAGCGUGCACCGCAGCCUGGGCCGCCACAUCUCCAUCGUCAAGCACCUGCGCCACAGCCCCUGGCCCACCACCCUGCUCCAGAUGGUGCACACCUUGGCAAGCAAUGGGGCCAACUCCAUCUGGGAGCACUCGCUGCUGGAUCCAGCGCAGGUGCAGAGCGGGCGCCGGAAGGCAAACCCCCAGGACAAAGUGCACCCCACCAAGUCAGAGUUCAUCCGUGCCAAGUACCAGAUGCUGGCCUUCGUCCACAAGCUGCCCUGCAGGGAUGAUGACGGUGUCACUGCCAAGGACCUCAGCAAGCAAUUGCACUCGAGCGUGCGGACGGGCAACCUGGAGACCUGCCUGCGCCUGCUCUCGCUGGGUGCCCAGGCCAACUUCUUCCACCCGGAGAAGGGCACCACACCGUUGCACGUGGCCGCCAAGGCCGGGCAGAUCCUGCAGGCAGAGCUGCUGGUGGUCUACGGUGCCGAUCCUGGGGCGCCCGAUGUGAACGGCCGGACCCCCAUUGACUAUGCCAGGCAGGCAGCCCAGCACGAGCUGGCGGAGCGGCUGGUGGAGUGCCAGUACGAGCUGACUGACCGCCUGGCCUUCUACCUCUGUGGCAGAAAGCCGGACCACAAGAAUGGGCACUACAUCAUCCCACAGAUGGCUGACAGGGUGCGCCCAAAGUGCAUGGCACAGAGGUAUUGUCUGCUCGGCUCUGGGGGCCCCCCAUGCUGCUGCCAUGGGGCCCCCCUGCAGCCCUGCCCGCUCGGCCCAGCCCGGCACCUGGGGGGCACUCAGGGAGGGGGGGUCCCACUCGCCCCCUGCCACCUCAUCCCCCCGUGCCUGCCCACCAGCCCUGCUUGGUUCCUGUCAGCCUGGCCAGGCUUCACUCCCAAUCCCAGCAGGCUGGCCCUGCACCCGUGCCUGUGUCCUGCCGGCUCCGGGCCCUGCAGCCUGCUUGUCCGGGGGUCCAGCCCCUGUGUCUGUCCCCUGGGGCCUGACACCAGGUGCCUUCCUGCAGUCUGGCUGACGACGCAGAACCACAGCACGCUGGUGACAGAGCGCAGCGCCGUCCCCUUCCUCCCUGUCAACCCCGAGUACUCAGCGACGCGCAACCAGGGCCGGCAAAAAUUGGCCAGGUUCAACGCCAGGGAGUUUGCCACCUUGCUCAUCGACAUCCUUGGGGAAGCCAAGCGCCGGCAGCAAGGGAAGAGUCUGCUUAGCCCCACGGAUGCCCUUGACUACUCGCUGCGGAGCCAGAGUGACCUGGAUGACCAGCACGACUACGACAGUGUCGCCUCUGAUGAGGACACGGACCAGGAGCUGCUGCGCAAUGCCUCCCGCAACAACCGUGCCAGGAGCAUGGACUCCUCCGACCUGUCAGAUGGCCCCAUCACGCUGCAAGAGUACCUGGAGGUGAAGAAGGCUCUGGCUGCCUCUGAGGCCAAGGUGCAGCAACUGAUGAAGGUGAACAACAGCCUGAGCGAUGAGCUGCGCCGGCUGCAGCGCGAGAUCCACAAGCUGCAGGCAGAGAACGCACAGAUCCGUCAGCAGACUGGUCCCACGCAUCCAACCCCGGCCCCCAGUGAGCGGCAGGAGCACGGGCACCCCCCGGGCAUGGCCCCCCCACACCGCCGGGACCGCCAGGCCUUCUCCAUGUACGAACCAGGCUCGGCGCUGAAACCCUUCGGGCAGCCAGUGGAGGAGCUGGUGACACGGCUCCAGCCCUUCAGCCCUGGCGAGGUGGAGGACGAGGCUCUGUACUCCAUGCACAUCCCGGCCAGCGUGUACCGGAUCCGGAAAGGUCCAUCUGCCUCCUCGGUGCCCUUCCCUCCAUCCUCCCCACUGCUCUCCUGCCCACCUGAUGGUGCCCGACACAUGGGCAAGCUGGACCGGCAUGGCAGCGGCACUGACAGCGACUACGACAACACACAGGCCAGUGAGGUUCUGAUCAGCAUGGAGGGGAAGCGGUUUGUGGAACUGAGCAAGGAUGAGGAUUUCCCCCAUGAGCUGGACCCGCUGGACGGGGAGCUGGACCCUGGCCUGCCCAGCACGGAGGAUGUCAUCCUCAAAACUGAGCAGGUCACCAAGAACAUCCAGGAGCUGCUGCGGGCAGCACAAGAGUCCAAGCAUGACAGCUUCGUGCCCUGCUCAGAGAAAAUCCACUCGGCUGUGACAGAGAUGGCAUCACUCUUCCCUAAGAAACCAGCACUGGAGACUGUGCGGAGCUCGCUGCGGCUGCUCAACGCCAGCGCCUACCGGCUCCAGAGCGAGUGCCGCAAGACCGUGCCCCCGGAGCCCGGUGCCACCGUGGACUACCAGCUGCUGACCCAGCAGGUCAUCCAGUGUGCCUACGACAUCGCCAAGGCCGCCAAGCAACUGGUCACUAUCACCACUCGUGAGAAGAAGCAGUGAGCGCCAGCCCACGUCCCCCCAGGCCUCCGCACUCUCCGUGUCUCCCUUCCCUCCGGCAGCAGCCGGCACCUGGGGCGAGCGUGGCUGCAAGUGGCCUUUUUGGGGAGCCAGGGUGUGGGGUUCCUCGUGCCCCCCGCGCCAUCAAGGAGCUGAUGCUCAGCCUGCGGGGUAGGUGCCUGCGUCCCCCUGUACAGCCCCCUGCCCACCCCGCAGCACGCGCCUAACUUAUCCUGUACAUAGCCUCUGUAGCUGUCCGUGGCGGCGGUGGCCUUGUACCCCCACCCCCCACAAAGC